GCAGGUGGCCAACACCUAGUGUAAGCGUGGCUGUGUAUUGGAAGAGUGUCUCCGUCCACUCCACUUCCAUUCGAACCAAGCAUUCCCACUCAGAGUCUGGGCAAAAAGAGCUCUGGAAUCAAUCAUGGCGCGUUGGUGGCCAACUUUAAGCAUUGUGUGCCUCUGCCUGGCUGUGGCACAUGGCCAGGACAAACUAGAAGGCGUUGACGUUGAGGAAGUGUGCGCCGAUCGUCCCGCGGAUGAGUACUUCCGCCUGGAAACUGACGGCGACUGCCGCGAAGUGUACAGGUGCGACAGUGCCGGGGAAGAUGGCACAUGGCGUUUGGCGCCGAUUCGCUGCGCCGGUGGCCUGGCAUUCGAUGUUCUGCGCCAACUUUGCGAUUGGAAGUCGAAUGUGAAGUCUUGCGAUGUGCUCGAGAAGCCCCGCAAGGCCAAGCCCAUCCUGAAGACGGAUGAGCCCAUCUGUCCCGAGGGUAAGCUGUCCUGCGGUGAUGGCGAGUGCCUGGACAAGGAACUUUUCUGCAACGGCAAGUCCGACUGCAAGGACGAGUCCGAUGAGAACGCCUGCUCUGUCGACGAGGAUCCCAACCGAGCUCCCGAGUGCGAUCCCACGCAGUGCGCGUUGCCCGAUUGCUUCUGCUCGGCCGAUGGUACGCGCAUCCCUGGUGGCAUCGAGCCCCAGCAAGUGCCCCAGAUGAUCACCAUCACCUUCAACGGUGCCGUCAACGUAGACAACAUCGAUCUGUACGAAGACAUCUUCAACGGCCAGCGCCAGAACCCCAACGGCUGCUCCAUCAAGGGUACCUUCUUCGUGUCCCACAAGUACACCAACUACUCGGCGGUGCAGGACCUGCACCGUCGUGGUCACGAGAUCUCCGUGUUCUCACUGACGCACAAGGACGAUCCCAACUACUGGACCGGCGGCAGCUACGACGACUGGCUGGCCGAGAUGGCCGGCUCCCGUUUGAUUGUGGAGCGCUUCGCCAACAUCACCGAUGGCUCCAUCAUUGGCAUGAGGGCUCCCUACCUGCGCGUGGGUGGCAACAAGCAAUUCGAGAUGAUGGCCGACCAGUUCUUCGUGUACGACGCUUCCAUAACCGCCUCCUUGGGACGCGUUCCCAUCUGGCCAUACACCUUGUACUUCCGCAUGCCCCACAAGUGCAACGGCAAUGCCCACAACUGCCCGUCCCGAAGCCAUCCCGUUUGGGAGAUGGUGAUGAACGAGCUUGAUCGUCGUGAUGACCCCACCUUCGACGAGUCCCUGCCCGGUUGCCACAUGGUCGACUCGUGCUCGAACGUAGCUAGCGGCGAUCAGUUCGCCCGUCUGCUGCGCCACAACUUCAACCGUCACUACAAUAGCAACAGGGCUCCUCUGGGUCUCCACUUCCACGCCUCGUGGCUGAAGUCCAAGAAGGAGUACCGCGACGAGCUGAUCAAGUUCAUCGAGGAGAUGCUGGGCCGCAACGAUGUCUUCUUCGUGACCAACCUGCAGGUGAUCCAGUGGAUGCAAAACCCCACCGAGCUGAACUCGCUGCGCGACUUCCAGGAAUGGAAGGAGAAGUGCGACGUUAAGGGCCAGCCCUACUGCUCGCUGCCCAACGCGUGUCCUCUGACCACCAGGGAGCUGCCCGGAGAGACCCUCCGACUGUUCACGUGCAUGGAGUGCCCCAACAACUAUCCCUGGAUCCUCGAUCCCACCGGCGACGGCUUCUCCGUCUAAGGAUCGCGCCGCCAUCUUCCAUCUUCCCAAACAGGAGAACAACUCACAGUAGUUCCACCGAGAGUCUGAUAAACUAAACAAUGAAAAGCCCUAACAAACUGUACAAGCGAGAAAAUGCUCAACCAUCUACAGAAAUACUCAAUUUGUUGCCUCUUGCUUCUUGUGUGAUCCUAAACCAGUUUCUUUCCGCUAUUAUUUAUGUAAACUUGCGACUCCCAUCUCUUGUCUCUCCUCCACUUUCUAUCUUUCCCUGUACAUCUUUCUCUUUAUCUGAAUCCUUUCCUAUCUCUCUGUUGAUUUUAAAAGUGAUUUGUUUUAAUUUACUUCGCUGCUUCUUUGACCAGAUCAAAGACUAUUUUCACAAACAAACAAAACCAAGCGCCAAAAAUCGCAGCAGCAAAAUAUCUUCGUAAUUGUAUAAGUAUUUUUUAUAAGAAAAAUAUAAAAAAUAUAUAAAAAAUUAAAAA